AUGCUGACACCAGCGUCGACGUCGUCACGGUCGCCUGCACCCUCGCUGGCUGAGCGUGUGCUCAUGCGACUUGGUGCUCGCCUUGUCUCGCACCCUCGCUACGCCUGCCUCUGCCUGGCUCUUGUCCUGGCCACCCUCUUCUACUUUGGCGCAAACUCGUCCACUCGCGGCUUUGACGGACCGCCCAAGCGCAGGCAGGAAAUCGUCUCGCACACGUCGGCGUCCAUGCCGGAUUCGACCGACGCAGGCUCUACAUCAAGUGGGACCGGUUCCGGGACUGACAAGCCUGAUAGAGCCCACGGCCGCAAGCCCGAAAGGCAACAUGGCGGAUCGCACAAGCGGGACAUCCGAUACGGACCGGUGGCAAAGUGCGCACGAGCUUGGGCCAGGGCACAUAACGACGAGAUGGCGGCAGUGAACAAGAUGCUGGAGGCCGAGGGCGUCGAUGGCUCACAGGGCUGUGUCCGCACCAUGCCCGCCUCGCUUGUCGACAGCUACACUCAGGACGGCAAGCUGGGCGUCGACUCGUGGUACAAGUGCCAGCCGUUCCAGGGCCACACCGAGACGGUGUACACGACCCAGCAGAUCGACGACAAUCUUCUCCGGAUUGCGCUGGGCAAGAAGCUGUACUACAAAUACGCCGCUUUGUUUAUGUACAAGGCUGCGGCGGCCUUUCCCUGGGCCGGCAAGGACGUGGCCAUCAUGGGCUCACAGCGGCCCAACUUUGAGUCGAUCUGCAUCUACUACAACGCCUCAACAUGCACCACUAUUGACUACCACAAGCCCAUCUCCAAGGACAGCCGGCUGCAGACCAUGACCAUCGACGAGUGGGAUGCCGCGCCGCGCCGCUUCGACGCUGCCAUCUCGGUCUCCUCGUUUGAGCACGACGGCCUCGGCCGCUACGGCGACCCGCUCAAUCCCGACGGCGACCUUGGCGCCGUAGCCAAGAUGUCAUGCGUUCUCAAGCCGGGCGGCAUCCUCUAUCUCUCUGUCCCGGUUGCCAAGGACAAGAUCGUGUGGAACAUGCACCGGGUCUACGGCCGCCUCCGUCUGCCCAAGCUCCUGGCCCCGUUCACGCUGCUGGACGUGAUCGGUGACAACCAGCUCAAGGAGCGCCUCAACGGGUGCGACUCGGGCGCCCACGGUGACUACCAGCCCAUCUUUGUCCUCCGCAACGCCCCGCAGCCGCAUCCCUACUUUAACGCGGAGCGUCUCGACGAGCUGUUUGGCGCCUCAGAGCCACUCUUGGCCGACGACUCGGCCCCGCAGUGCUCGUCAACUCCCACUCUGCGUCCUACUUAAACGCUCUCACACCCGUG